CCCACACACCCCACGUCUCGGCCUCCACCCCCUCAAUUUCCUCCUCCGCGCCCCCCCAUUUUCACCCUCCUCCUCCUCCCCCUCCCCCCCGGGCCACUUCGCUAACUUGUGGCUGUUGUGAUGCGUAUUCCCGUAGAUCCGAGCACCAGCCGGCGCUUCAGCCCCCCCUCCAGCAGCCUGCAGCCCGGCAAGAUGAGCGACGUGAGCCCGGUGGUGGCUACGCAGCAGCAGCAGCAGCAGCAGCAACAGCAGCAGCAGCAGCAACAGCAGCAACAGCAGCAGCAGCAGGAGGCGGCGGCGGCGGCAGCGGCGGCGGCGGCGGCGGCGGCAGCAGCGGCGGCCGCGGUGCCCCGGUUGCGACCGCCCCACGACAACCGCACCAUGGUGGAGAUCAUCGCCGACCACCCGGCCGAACUCGUCCGCACCGACAGCCCCAACUUCCUGUGCUCCGUGCUGCCCUCGCAUUGGCGUUGCAACAAGACCCUGCCUGUGGCCUUCAAGGUGGUAGCCCUUGGAGAGGUACCAGAUGGGACUGUGGUUACUGUCAUGGCUGGUAACGAUGAAAAUUACUCUGCCGAACUCCGGAAUGCCUCCGCUGUUAUGAAAAACCAAGUGGCAAGGUUCAACGAUUUGAGAUUUGUGGGCCGAAGUGGACGAGGCAAGAGUUUCACUCUGACCAUAACAGUCUUCACAAAUCCUCCCCAAGUAGCCACUUAUCACAGAGCUAUUAAAGUUACAGUGGAUGGUCCCCGGGAACCCAGAAGGCACAGACAGAAGCUUGAUGACUCUAAACCUAGUUUGUUCUCUGACCGCCUCAGUGAUUUAGGGCGCAUCCCUCAUCCCAGUAUGAGAGUAGGUGUCCCGCCUCAGAACCCACGGCCCUCCCUGAACUCUGCACCAAGUCCUUUUAAUCCACAAGGACAGAGUCAGAUUACAGACCCCAGGCAGGCACAGUCUUCCCCACCAUGGUCAUAUGACCAGUCUUACCCCUCCUACCUGAGCCAGAUGACGUCCCCGUCCAUCCACUCCACGACACCACUGUCCUCCACACGGGGCACCGGACUACCUGCUAUCACCGAUGUGCCCAGGCGUAUUUCAGAUGAUGACACUGCCACCUCUGACUUCUGCCUCUGGCCUUCCACUCUCAGUAAGAAGAGCCAGGCAGGUGCUUCAGAACUGGGCCCUUUUUCAGACCCCAGGCAGUUCCCCAGCAUUUCAUCCCUCACUGAGAGCCGCUUCUCCAACCCACGAAUGCACUAUCCAGCCACCUUUACUUAUACCCCGCCAGUCACGUCAGGCAUGUCCCUCGGUAUGUCCGCCACCACUCACUACCAUACCUACCUGCCACCACCCUACCCCGGCUCUUCCCAAAGCCAGAGCGGACCCUUCCAGACCAGCAGCACUCCAUAUCUCUACUAUGGCACUUCUGCAGGAUCCUAUCAAUUCCCCAUGGUGCCGGGAGGAGACCGAUCUCCUUCCAGAAUGCUCCCGCCAUGCACCACCACCUCGAAUGGCAGCACGCUAUUAAAUCCAAAUUUGCCUAACCAGAAUGAUGGCGUUGACGCUGACGGAAGCCACAGCAGUUCCCCAACUGUCUUGAAUUCUAGUGGCAGAAUGGAUGAAUCUGUUUGGCGGCCCUAUUGAAAUUCCUCAGCAGAGGGCCAAGUGGCAUCUGGGGUGGGGUGGGGGCCCACCACAUCCCACAUGUGUUCAUAUAUACAUAUAUAAAGAGAGUGCAUAUAUAUGUAUAUCGAUUCACUAUCUAGAAGAUUUCUCAUUCACUCACCAGUCAUGAUCCUGCAACCGUUAAGAGGGUAGACACUGAGAAGCAGAAGGCCCGGGAGAGAAAAAAAUCAGCCCAUCACUGGGUUCCAAAUUGUUCACUGUUUGAGAUGCACUUGUUACCGAGGAACAAGAAACGGGGAGGGUAUUGUUGUUUGGUCUGUUGUUAUAAAUAACCUGUUCCUAUGCCAAUUCAGAGAGGUGGACUCCAGGUUGAGGAGGAGGAAGAAGAUCAAAGCCGUUUCUUUGCUGUGCUUUGAGACCGCACACCUCACUGUGCAGACCAGCUUACAAAGUCAGUCGUGGUGCGCACAUGAAGGGACAAGAGGUAGAAGGGACGGUCCCCUUCCAGUACCAUCCUUUCUGAACAGCUGUUCCAAAGUUUGCCUUUAAGCUUGCUACACUUGAACUGUUAAGUCCAGUUACAGUUCUACUCUUAAGAAAGUGACUUCAAAAAGACUGAUCAGGAUAGAUUAUUUUAUUUUACUUUUUUUAAAAAAAAAUACUUUCCCUACUUUUCCCAUCAAGCCAAAAAGAAAUGCCACCACCCCUGACUCCUCUUUCCCCUCCUCCUUUUAUGCAAAACUGAAAAUGGCAAUAUCUUUUUUAUAGCCAUAAUGGUAUAGAUAGUGUUUGAGUUUGGCUGUGUCUUGUUUUCUUUUUUUUUUUUUUAAAUUAUGAAUAUGUGUAAAAUCUGAGGUAACUUGCUAACGUGAAUGGUCAUAUAACUUUAAAGAUAUAUUUAUAAUUAUUUAAUGACAUUUGGACCUUUGAAACAUUUCUUAGUGUAUUGAUGUGUUGACUUCGGUCACUAAAAAUGCUCUUUAUUAAGUAACAAAUUUCUUCAGUGGGCUAGAGCCAUAUCUGAAGUAUUGCUAAGCAAUUUCAGUUCAUCUAGGCACAAUGUGAGUUUUAAAAAUACUUCCAUCUCCAAAUAUUUUUAGAUGUAGUUUGUUUUUGUGGUGUAUGAAGGAAAUGUUUAUGUUUCAUUCUUUUAGAGCUUUGAUUGCCUCUAACACAGCUCUGCUUUUUUUUUUUUAAAGCAAUAAUUAGGGAUUUGUAAAAACUGCCCUCAGCCCUUUAACACUCAAUGUUGUCUUUUGUCAGCAUGAGAUGCUGGAGUGAUGUGGUUUCCUAAUUUCUUUUGGAUAAUUAUGACUCUUGUCAUAGUAAAAAAGACAAGCACAAAUGAAUCAUUGAACUGCAAAACAAACAAACAAACAAAACCCACAAACAUUCUGUGGUUUCAUAGUUAAGCAAAACUCUAAAUCGCCAGGUUUCAUAGUGAAGACGUAUCCAGCUUAAGGCCACGCAUGGUAAGGGACCAAUUGUGAUACAGGUAGUUAUAACUAAGCACAAUCACCCCAUGGACUCAUACCGCCUGCCUUACCGGCAGGAAUUCAGGAGAACCAACGUGCCUUACCCAAGGCCCCGCUGACAGCUUUCCACAGAAGUUGCAUUUUAAGGAGCAGAAUGAAGUCAUUUUGUCCAGGGGCAGCCCCUCAUCUGAAGUGGCACCCAGGUUCCAGCUGGUAGCUGAUGUGAGCAGACACAGGGCUUGUGGAAGCCUCCGUACAGCUGUUGGCAUUCGUAUUUCUCACCAGGGAGGGCCAGGCUAUGGGACUGUCUGGUGUCUACCACUGCAUAUAAGUUUGAGAUGAGGCCCCCUGUUGGUUCCAUUUUGAUCAUUCCUGCUACCACAUGGGCAACGCCUCAGUGUGAAUCCAAGACAGGGAGUUAGGCAAACGCCUGUCCUUUUUUCAGAGCUGGCCUGGAGCAUCCUCAUUUGAACCCCCUAAGUGAGCCUCUGUGGAGCCUUGUCUCUAGCCCCCGGCCCCUCCACAUCCAGCCCUUUCUUGCUCUUCAGUCCUUGGGUUCAUCUUCCUUUGCCACCAAGCAACUUGGGAUAGCUCGUGGGGAGAGGUGCAGGUGAGCCUGCGUCUGCCUGGACUCCCCUAGACUUCCUUCUGAUACAAAUCCAGGGGAAACAAAACAACAUGAAACAAAACCUCCAAUGCUUUGCCUUCUAAAGGUCGUAUACCAAGUAUGCUUAAAUAAACAAGCCACUUUGUAUUACUUAAGAUGGAAGUAGUAGUUGAUGCUAUUUAUUGUGUGUGUGGUGGCUGGAAGCACACCGCUGUCCAUUUGUUUGUAAGUGUUAAGAUACGUGUUUGUUUCAGCAGCACUUAAAAAGCCAGUGUCUGGUUACACAUUUCAGUUUUAAUUAAUUGACAUGAAAAUGUUACCAUCAGUGCCAGCUGCACCCUAUUUAAUGAAGAGGUACUAUAUUUGUACAUUAUUUUCUAGUACUACAAGGGCUUUUUAAAGUUUACAGUACACGUUAAGUGACUGUAGGGAUGCUUUGGUGUCAAAAUGUUAUUAUAGUGGCUGCAGGCAGCAACCCAGCAACACAUUUUUUUUCUUUAAAAAAAAGGGGGGGGUUCCCUUGGGAAAAAUUCAAGCACUUCUUUCCACCCUCACUCCAACCACCCCAAUAGGGUGAUACAUUAUUUAGAAAAAGAAAAUUCUGUCCU